AUGUUCAAAAUUUGUUCUCAAUUCAGCGCAAUAACACUCUCUAAUUGUCUUCUAAUAGGUGCCACUGUGCUAGGCGCCCACUUCGGCGGUCCCUUCCCGGCCUACGGAGCGGCCCCGCCGCCUCAUACGCCCCUGCUGGCCACGCCCCGCUCGCACCACCAUCCGCACCACCACCCGGCGUCCGCCUUCUACCCACCGCCGCUCGUCUACUGGCCCUACCCGAGUCCGCCCGUCUCGCCCACCACCUACUACAGCCAGCCGGGGGCGCACUCGCCCUCGCAGCCUUUGUAUCCGCUGGACUUCUUUCCGCCCUCCCCGCUUUCGCCGCCCAGCGUAGCCAUUCCGCACACCAGCACUGGGCUGAUACUCACGCCCACAAAGGCGGCCGUGUCCUUUGUGCCGCCCAAACAAUUUUCGCCAACGACGACCGGAAGUGGAAGUGGUGGGAGCGGGAGCUCUAGUUCCGGCAAGCUUCCCAUUCAGGUGAUGCCAGCGGUUCUGCCAGCGAUCGCUUUGAAUGGGACGAUGGAGGUGGCCACGCCCACAACGCCUGCAGAGGCGACUGCUACGUCAUCACAAACGCUGCUGAGCAUAGACACGAACCAUGUGACGCCCACGACCGCCGCUGCGCCCCCACUAAAAACGGGUAGCCAGGGGGUGCCGGGGGCGGCUGCCACGCCCAUCGUGAGCAACUCCUGCGUGGAGCUUUUCAUCUCGUAGAGCUGCACACGGAAAGUCGAGUUCUAUUUUCUUGCCAAUCGAAGAAACCUAACCGUAGUCUAGUUAAGAACCAAACGCCCCCAACGACCACGGCUCUAGCCGAGUCGCACACCAGCGUGGUGAGUUCGAAGGCGGCGAAAUAUAGUUCGAAGUUCGAAUUUAAUAAAUGGCAAUGACAACGAGCUAAACAAAUGGAAUCUCGCCGCCGCCUCACGAAUUUCUAUAAUAAUUUACCCGCUAGUGCUAAGUAGUUAGGCUGCCCAGUGCAACUCAUUCGAUGUUAUAUUUAUUCUGCUGCUCUGCAUUGCAUUCUAUCCAAAUAUACACAUUAGCCAAUUAGCAAAGAAACGAAGCAAAUGCGACAAAUUUAUCCCUAGUCAAUAGACAAAUUAUUUAUACAAUUAUCAAUUAUCUAUUUGUAAUUGCAUGUUAAUGUUAUCGAGGCCGCCAAAUCAGUCAGCGAUUAUCCAUGUUUUUAUCCUUAGGCAUAGAUCAAAUCAAAUAUCGUUACUAUCCAUUAUCCUUGUGCACGCCCAGAAAAACGCCAGAAGACAAUCUGUCUUGUUUGUUAGCCCCAUUCGCAAUGAAAAGAUAUUAUCGUUUGUUCAAAUCAAAUAUACAAAUAAAUUUAUUUUAAACACAAA